AGCUUUCUGGGCACAGCAAAGCCCUUCUUCUUGGCGAGCCCCUGAAGCUUUGGUGGCUGUCUGAGAUGAUUUCAGUGGCAGGGGAUUAAGGAGGCAGCACCUGCCUGGCAAAGGGAAGAAUGAUUGAGAAUAUAUAUGGUUUCCGUUGAGGAAGAGAUGGAAAGGACUGCUGACCACAGGAGGGUUUUGAUGGGUUUGACUUAGCUGCUGACUGAUACCCUGUAACCUUCAUCCCAGAAGCAUCAACUCCCUGACCUCGAAGACUAAGCUAAAGAAUCCUUCUCUUGUUCAUGGAGGCAAACACUAAGGAUGCUGCACACAUGAAUCCUGAAGUGAGCCUCUGAGACAUUUCCGGUAGAAAGAGAAGGGCGCCAACAUGAAGGAAAAUGUGGCAUCCACAGUUGUUCUCAUUCUACUACUUUUUCUCAACAUCAAUCUUCUAAAUGGAUACUCACCUCCUGGAAAACCUGAGAUCAUUAAAUGCCGUUCUCCCGAAAAGGAAACUUUCACGUGCUGGUGGAAGCCUGGGAUAGAGGGAGGACUUCCUACCAAUUAUACUUUGACUUACCACAAGGAAGGAGAGACAAUCACCCAUGAAUGUCCAGACUACAAAACUGGUGGCCCCAACUCCUGUUACUUUAACAAGAAGCACACCUCCAUAUGGAAAAUAUACAUCAUCACAAUAAACGCCACUAACAAGAUGGGAAGCAGUUCCUCGGAUCCACAUUACGUGGAUGUGAUUUAUAUAGUUGAACCAGACCCUCCUGUGAACCUGACUUUAGAAGUAAAACAACCAGAAGACAGAAAACCAUAUCUAUGGAUAAAAUGGCUUCCACCCACACUGGUUGAUGUAAGCUCCGGUUGGCUCACACUCCAGUACGAAAUUCGAUUAAAACCUGAGAAAGCAGCCGAGUGGGAGACCCAUUUUGCUGGGCAACAGACUCAGUUUAACGUCCUCAGCUUAUAUCCAGGGCAGAAAUACCUUGUCCAGGUUCGCUGCAAGCCAGACCAUGGAUUCUGGAGUGAGUGGAGCCCAGAGAGUUCCAUUCAGAUACCUAGUGACUUCACCAUGAAAGAUACAAUCAUGUGGAUCUCUGUGGCCAUUCUUUCCGCCAUCGUUUGUUUGAUUAUAGUCUGGGCAUUGGCUCUGAAAGGAUACAGCAUGGUGACCUGCAUCUUUCCACCAGUUCCUGGGCCAAAAAUAAAAGGAUUUGAUACUCAUCUGCUGGAGAAGGGCAAGUCUGAAGAACUCCUGAGUGCCCUGGGAUGCCAAGACUUUCCUCCCACUUCGGAUUGUGAAGACUUGCUGGUGGAGUUUUUAGAAGUGGACGACAGUGAGGACCAGCGGCUAAUGCCAGCCCACUCAAAAGAACACCCAAGUCAAGGCCUGAAACCCACUCACCUGGAUCCUGACAAUGACUCUGGCCGGGGCAGCUGUGACAGCCCUUCCCUUCUGUCUGAAAAGUAUGAGGAAUCCCGAGCAAAUCCCCCCACAUUCCACACUCCCAAGGUCACUGAGAAGCCAGAGAAUCCUGAAGUAAAUAUUACCUGCACCUGGGACCCCCAGGACAUUCACUUGGAAAGUAAAAUAUCCUAUUUUCAUGCUGGCGGAUCCAAAUCUUCAACAUGGCCUUUACCUCAGCCAUGUCACCACAACCCGCUCUCUUCUUACCACAGCACUGCAGAUGUGUGUAAGCUGGCUCUAGGCCCUGUGAGUGCAGCUACCACUUUGUUAGAUAAAACAGAAAAGGAUGUUGUAGAAGCUUCUAAAACCAUUGAGACUGAAGAGGAGGAAAAGACAGACAAGCCAAGGGAGGUGGAAAGCUUCCCUUCCAAGACUGACCAAGAAACAGCAUGGCUGCUGCCCCAGCAGAAAACCCCUUUUCUCGCUGCUAAACCCAUGGAUUAUGUGGAGAUUCACAAGGUCAACAAAGAUGGAGCACUAGCGUUGCUACCAAAGCAGAAAGAGAAUAGCAACAAAAGAGAGAAGCCUGAUACUCCAGAAACCAGUAAGGAGUAUGCUAAGGUGUCCAGGGUGAUGGAUAACAACAUCUUAGUCUUAGUGCAAGACCCCCGAGCUCAAAACAGGGUUUUGUUGGAAGAACCAGUCAAGGAAGCUCUUCCAUCACUUCGACAGAACCAAGCAGAGGAAAACCUGGCCUGCUUCACUGCGACACCAGACAACUGCAGACUCCAGAUGGGGGGUGUGGAUUACCUGGAUCCCACCUGCUUUACGCACUCUUUUAACUGAUAGCUGGACUCAUGGAAUGAUCGGUUACAGUGUGAUUUUUCUUCAGGUAACACCACAGAGUUAAUGAAAUGCAAUCUGGUAGAGAAUAUGCAAAAGCGUGGUUAGAAUGACACCACUAAAACUCACUUGCUGUUCACUCCUUUCCACGUGCUCCGUCUUCAGCCAGUUCCCUUUCCUCCAACAGCUGAUUCCAGAACAAAGCGUUUUGUUUCCUAACUGUGAUUUGUAGAUUUUCUUUUUUGCUAUUAGUUAUAAAGUUUGUGAUCAAUGAAAUAAAAGCACAUUGCUUAGCAUCCAUG